AUGGCCAUGGACACCAUCGAGCCAGCUGUCGAGCAACGGCCUCCGGGCAGCGACAGCGAGGGCGACGAGAAUCGUCUGGCGCAGUUCGGAUACAAGCAGGAAUUGAGACGUGACUGGGGCCUGGCGCACAACUUCGGCGUCUCUUUCUCAAUCAUCAGCGUCAUCACCGGCAUCACCACUCUCUUCUCGUAUGGCUUGAACACGGGUGGCCCUGGCGUCAUGUCCGUCGGCUGGAUCCUCGUCUCCUUCUUCACCCUGCUCGUCGCCGUCGCCAUGGCCGAGAUCGUCUCGGCCAUCCCCACCAGCGGAGGACCCUACUUCUGGGCUGCCCUGCUUGCCCCUCCGCGCUGGUCGCCCUUCGCGGCCUGGCUCACCGGGUGGUUCAACCUGCUUGGACAGGUCGCCGUAACAACCGGCAUCUCGUUCGGCCUCGCCAACCUGAUCCCCACGGCGGUGGUCGUCAAGAACCCGUCCUUCACGCCGACCCCGCGCGUGACCAUCGGCAUCUACGCGGCCAUUUUAGUUUCGCACGCGCUCGUCAACACCCUCGGCGUGCGCGCGCUCAAGUACCUCAACAACGCGUCCAUCGUGCUGCACAGCGCGGGGAUCACGGCGCUGUGCGUGGCCGUGCUGGCGCUGGCGCCGACGCACCAGCGCGCGGCCUUCGUCUUCGCCAGCUUCCGCGACGGCACGGCCGCCGCCGACGGCGCCGACGGCUGGGGCGUCCGCGCCUCCGACGUCUACGUCGCCGUCUGCGGCGCCCUGCUGUCGCAGUAUACCCUCACGGGCUUCGACGCGUCGGCCCACCUGAGCGAGGAGACCCGCCGGGCCAGCUGGAGCGCGCCCAUCGGCGUCGUGUCGAGCGUCGCGUUCAGCGCGCUGUUUGGGUUCUUUGUGCUCAUGGCGAUGUUGUUCUCGAUUCAGGACUUCGAUACCGUGGUGAGCAGCCCGUACGGCCAGCCCGUGCUGCAGAUCCUGGUGGAUGCCGCGGGCGAGAACGGUGCGCUGGCGCUGUUCACGUUGAUUAUGGUUUGCAUCUGGCAUUGCGGACUCUUCAGCAUGACGAGCAACAGCAGGAUGAUGUUUGCGUUUGCCCGUGAUGGAGGGAUCCAUCCCUUCUUCCACAAAGUUGACGCCCGCUUCCGGUCGCCAACGCGGGCAGUAUGGCUCGCCGCGACGCUCGCGUUCAUUCUUGCGUUGCCCUCGCUCGGGUCGAGCGUCGCGUUCGCGGCUGCCACGUCCAUCGCCACCAUCGGCCUGUAUCUGAGCUACGGGACGCCGAUUCUCAUUGGACUGAUCUGUCACGAGUCGUUCUCGGCCAUGAAAGGCCCCUUCAACCUCCAUGGUUUCUCUCGGCCCGUUGCUGCGGCCGCGUGCCUCUGGAUCGGCUUCAUCACGGUUGUCUUCUGCCUGCCCACCGCCAACCCGGUCACGAGUCAGACGUUCAACUACACGGCGGUGGCCGUCGGGAUCGUGGCCGUCUUUGCUAUCGGAUCGUGGGUGGUCUGGGCCCAUCGCUGGUUCACAGGUCCCUCCGCCGAGGUGUCGGAGGCCAUGAGGCUCGGCAUUGACAUUACGGAGCCUGGCGCGCUGGAGGAACGAGAGAAGAAGGAGAGCCAACGGGCAGCGCAGACCUGA